GCCCUGGCGCAGCUGCAGCUGGCGCCGCCGCCUGCGCCGCAGCUGCCCCUGGAGCUCGCCGAGGAGCGCCUGCGCGCGGCUGCGCUCUGCGAGCCCGCGGGGGGCGCCGCGGGCUGCGGGCCAGAGGCCCGGCGCGCUGUCGAGAUAGAGUGCCCGGGCGCCGCCGCCGUCGACGUCGAAGUGGUCGGCUGCCAGUACCGCGUGAGGGCGACGUUCCGCCGCGCAGGCCUGGGGGCGCCGCCCAGGCUGUGCACGAAGGAGCUCGUGGUUCCCGACGGGCCCUUCGAGGUCAGGGCGGACGAGUCGGCGGUGCAGCACGGCCUGCUGACGCUGGUCCUGCAGCCCCACACGCACAGGUUCCACUUCCGCAGCAGCGACGGCGGCGCGCCGGCCGAGCGAGCGGCCUCUGGGUGGCCGUCGGGCAGCGCGGGGCCGCCAGUCGGGCUUGACCGCGAGCAGCCCGCGUCGCCAGCAGCGCCCGCCGAAGGCCAGCAGCCGGAGCCGGCUGCGCUGGAGCCGGCAGCGGAUGGCUCCGCGUCAGAGUCAGGCAGCUGGGAGUGCGUGCCGUCGGAGCGCUCCGCGGCGCACAGCGCGGGCGUGUCGGCCACGAGCAGCGCCGCCAGUUCGGCGGCGUGCGCCUCGGCGCCCCCGCGGCUGGAGGUGCCCCGCUGCUUCCUGCCACAGACGCGGUUCCUGCUCCAUGGGGGUCAGCAGGUGACCGCGGCCCAGCUGCGCGUGGGCGGCGGGGAUGUGCUUCAAGGCCCCGGCCAGAAGGCGGAGGUCGUGCGCGCGGCGCGCAAGCACCCCGCUCAGGAGAGGGACCUGGUCAGGGUGCAGACGGAGGGCUGCCCCUACCCCUUCGUGAUCACGGCCGACCACCUCCUCGAGGCCGAGGGCCCGCGCGGCGCCCGCGUGGCGGUGCAGACGGCGGAGCUCCGCGGCAGGCGCGUGUUCGACGGGGAGGCCUUCCGCGCGGUCGUGGGCCUGGAGCGCCUGCGCGCGGCCGUGGAGGUCGUCGAGGUGACCUUCGAGAGCGACGCGGCCGUGGUCCUGGCGUGGCUGCCGCCGCGCCGCAGGCCGCACGCGGGCCCGCGGGGGCUCCGGCCGGAGGCCCUGGUGGCGUGCCGCGGGGCGGCCCUCGACGCCGACAGGCGGCUGCGCGAGCUGAACGACGAGCCUGCCAGCGCCGCGCCAGCACGGCGCAGCCUGUCCGCGGGGUCGAGGCCCCGCGGGCCGGCUUGGAUCACGAAGGGCCUGCAGGGGCACCCGCACAGCUGCACGCCGUGCGAGCGCCACGCGAUGCACCUGCGGAGCCCAGCCCUGCCGCGGUGCAAGUACGGGCAAGAGUGCCGCUACUGCCACCUCCCCCACGCGCCAGGGCUGGCCAGCCCUGGGGCGGCGUAGGGGUCCCUUGCCGCCCAUGCAGCGGCGAGCGAAGGCCGCUCGAGGGUGAGCGAAGGCCGCUCGAGGGUGAGCGGAGCGGGGUCGAAG